GAAAAGUUUUAGAUUUUUUUUCUGUAUUUUGUCGUUUUGUGAGUAGAAGCAAUGCGCUCCAAAGUUUGUGUGAUCGUCGUCGUCGUCGCUCUUGCGGUGACCCUUUCGCUGGCACAGGAGAACCAAGGGAUCGCUCACAAAGACACGCGUUUGGUCAGUCGAGGCGAUGUCUUCUGCUUCGCCUGCGUCACCGGUCUGGACGCUAUCAUUCUGAAGAGGAGAGUCUUCAAGUUGAAAGAUGGCAAGGUCCAGAAACACCUCUAUGUCUUGUGCGAUACAUUCGGAGCUCUGGUUUACGAUCCGGCGGUGUGCCGUGGUAUGGUCGACAUCCAUCUAAAUAUGAUUCUGUUCUUGAUUGACAAUAAGAAAGACGUGAAGGGGUCCGACGCUUGCGGGUUGCUUCUGCAGAAUUUCAAAUGUUUCAAUUCGGAGGUAUCUAGAUGGUCGGUGGAUGUGCCGAAGGGAAAAUCGCCGCCCAAGAAAUUGGGAGAUUCGAGCAGGGAACCGCUGAAGGUGCUGCACGUGACGGACAUCCACUACGAUCCACAUUACGAGGCGGGAAGUUUGGCCACCUGCAGGAGACCGAUGUGCUGCAACAGGGACAGCGGAAAGGUUAAGAACGUCGCGGAUGCUGCAGGUUUCUGGACGGAUUACAGGGAGUGCGACGUUCCUGCCAGAUUGAUCACGGAGACGUUCAAACAUAUUAGAAAGAAUAACAAAUUGGAUUACAUCUACUUCACCGGCGAUAUAAUAAGUCACAGGAUUUGGGAGACUUCGGUGGAAGGUAACAAGAGGGACAUCAAGUUCAUCAUGAGCGAGUUCAAGAAGCAGUUUGGAGAUAUUCCGGUGUAUCCGAUCUUGGGAAAUCACGAGCCUCAUCCGUUGAAUCUCUUCGCUCCGGAUGGACUGAAGAACACGGAAUUCUCUACGCAAUGGCUCUUCGAUUAUUCAGCUGAAAUGUGGAGCGAUUGGCUACCAGAAAAUACCAAAGAAACUAUAAGGAGAGGAGGAUUUUACACUGUUUUGGUGCGGCCAGGUUUCAGGAUUGUCGCUUUGAACAGCAACGUGGCUUACACCCUGAACGCCUGGUUGUUGUACGAUGACGUGGACAUGUAUGGACAGCUCGAGUGGUUUGCGAAGACUCUGGAGAAGGCCGAAGAAGCAGGAGAAAGUGUCCACGUUCUAUCGCACAUCCCGUCCGGCGAUGAGUACACUUACUCGCCUUGGGGUAGAGAAUUCACGAGGAUCGUCCUCAGAUUCUCGAACACCAUCACCGGUAUGUUCAACGGACACACGCAUUUCGACGAGUUGAACAUCUACCACGAUGGAAAGGAUGCCACGAACGUCGCCUUCAACGGCGGAAGCCUCACGCCCUUCUCCGACGUCAAUCCCAACUACAAGAUCUUCGAUAUAGAUUCCAUCAAUUUCGAUAUCUUGGAUUAUCACACCUGGAUCUUCAAUGUGACUGAAGCGAACAGGAAGCAGACGCCGCCGGAAUGGUACAAACUCUAUUCUUUCAAGAAGGAGUACGGUGUUAAAGAUAUGUCCGGAAAGGAGGUUUUCGAUUUGAUAAAAAGGAUGGUCAACAGUUCGACUCUGAGGCAAACAUAUUUCGAGAAUAAGGUGAGAGUAGGCGACGCUGCUCUGGCGAAAGGUUGCGACGAGGAUUGCCACAAAAAUAACAUCUGCAACAUGCUGACAGCCGAGUACAGCAAUCGAACUCUCUGCAAUAAACUAACCAAAAAUAUUUAUUAAACUAGAAUUAAAACAUGUUGAUGACAGUACAAACUUAAAUAAAACGAGUUUCAAUGCAAAA